AGGAAGAGGAGAAAAACGCUGGGUGGAGCAAAGGAGUAAUGAUUGAUGCUUCCCCUUUUCACCGGCCCUUUUUCUUUUCACUUACCUGAGCCACUCUGGGGUCCACUUUGAAGGCGCGAUGCCCUCGCCUCUUCCCCGGCGCAGUUACCUCCCCAGCGAGUUUUCUCCCUCGGCGGACUCGCGGCCCUGCAGCAGCCCUUCCGAGCUCCCAGGCAAGGCAGGAAAGCUCUCCCUGGGUGGCACUCCUCCCAGGGCACCACGGCUACCACGCCGGCUGGCCUGGUGCUCCAUCGACUGGGAACAGGUGUGCUUCCUGCAGAGGCUGGGAGCUGGUGGGUUUGGCUCGGUGUACAAGGCCACUUACCACGGUGUUCCGGUGGCCAUAAAGCUAGUGAACAAGUGCACCAAGAAUCGACUGGCGUCCCAGCGCAGUUUCUGGGCUGAGCUCAACAUCGCCAGGCUUCGCCACGAUAACAUCGUGCGGGUGGUGGCUGCCAGCGCGCGCACGCCUGCGGGCUUUAACAGCCUAGGCACCAUAAUCAUGGAGUUUGGUGGCAAUGUCACCUUACACCAAGCCAUAUACGGUGCCGCCAGCUGCCCCGAGGAGGAUGUGCAGCCUCACUGCUGUGCCGGAGAGCAAUUAAAUCUGGAAAAGUGUCUCAAGUAUUCCCUAGAUAUUGUGAAUGGCCUGCUUUUCCUUCACUCGCAAAACAUUGUACACUUGGACCUGAAGCCGGCUAACAUUCUGAUCAGUGAGCAGGAUGUCUGCAAAAUCGGUGACUUCGGUUGCUCGGAGAAGCUGGAAGAUCAGCUGUGCUUCCAGACCCCUCCUUACCCCCUAGGGGGCACCUACACCCACCGAGCCCCAGAGCUCCUUAAAGGGGAGACCCUAACGCCCAAAGCUGACAUCUACUCCUUUGCCAUCACUCUCUGGCAAAUGGCUACCAAGGAGGCGCCUUACUCAGGGGAGCGGCAGUACGUGCUCUACGCCGUGGUGGCCUAUAAUCUCCGGCCGGCUCUGUCAGCAGCUGUCUUCACUGACUCCAUCUCUGGGAAAAGACUUGAGAAGAUCAUCCAAUGCUGCUGGAGGGCCAGGGCUUUGCAGCGGCCAAGUGCAGAACUCCUCCUGGUUGACCUUAACUCUUUAAGAGCUGAAUUUGACUGA